AUAAAAUGAUGAUUCUUUUGAAGACAACAAAAGAAUAGAGAAGUGCUGGCAAUUUCUGAGACGAUUAUCAUUAAAGAGCAGAAAUUAAGCAUUAUUUACACCUUCAGAAAGCCACGAAUUUGAGUAUGAGCACUGUAGCUACUAAAAUUGAGCGUUGGGCUUCGAGUUGUAAUUGGUGGUUGUUAAUGAUGAUGAUUGCUAUUUUAAUAUUCCGACCUACACAAGGAGGUUGCAUAGAAGAGGAGAGAAGAGCCUUGCUGGACAUCAAAUCCUCUUUUAUUAACUCAUAUGAUUCAAAUCCAGAACAGCUUCUCCCCACAUGGAUUGAUUAUGGCAAUGGCAGCGAGUGUUGUGAUUGGGAGAGGGUCAAGUGCAACACAACCACAGGCCAUGUCACAGAGCUUUCUUUGUGUAACGUGAAUGAAAUAUCAAACCAACAUGUAAGCUAUGGGUUCAGGGGAUAUUGGCCAUUGAAUGUUUCCCUCUUUCUUCAUUUUGAAGAGCUAACAAGUCUCAAUUUGUCAAAUAAUUAUCUUGAUGGUGCGAUCAUGAAAACAGAACUUGGAAAGUUGAAAAGUUUGAAAAAGCUAGAGAUACUAGACCUCAGCAGGAAUUUUGAUAUUGACAAUGGCAUCCUUUCUUCAGUGGGUGCACUCACUUCACUCAGAAUUUUGGAUCUUAGCACAACCGACUUGGAGGGAUACUUCCCUAUUAAUGGAAAGUUUUAUAAAUUUGCAGCUUUAGAAAACUUGGAGAUGUUGGAUCUAACUGGCUGCCACUUUAGUGGUACAUUCCAAAUACAAGGCUCUGAGAGGGUUUCAAUAUUGAAUAAGUUAGAGAUUUUGAACCUUGGGGGCAAUAACUUCAAUGAUAGCCUUAUUACAUCUUUACGUUUCAUUCCAUCACUUAAAACUCUAGAUCUUCAAGGUAUCCCGCUAUCUAGAUCAUUUCCAGCUCAAGAAUUAGCUCAUCUGACUAACCUCGAGAAGUUGGAUUUGAGUUUUACUGGGCUGAAAGGAAUACCAAAUAUCGAAGCUUGUAAGCAAUUAUCAAGAUUGAAAAGGCUGGAGAGUAUAGUUCUUCCCUCUAACAAUUUCAACAAGAGCAUCAUAUCCUGCCUAAGUUCCCUCCCAUCCCUGAAGAUCCUUGAUCUUUCAGUUUCUUUCCCAUGGGGAAGUUCCUUUCCCUUCCAAGCUAAUUCAGAAUUCGAUAUGUUGCCUACUUUGGAAGCCCUGUUCCUGAAAACUAAUGGUUUCCAUGGAACACUACCAAUGGAAGCUUUCACAUCUUUGCACAAUCUGGAGGUCUUAGAUUUGAGGGAGAACAAUUUUGUUGGGAUCAUCCCAUCAGCAAUACAGGCAUUAUCUUCCCUAAGAGUUGUCUCAUUCGCUAAUAAUAAGCUCAACGGCUCAUUACCAGAUGGCUUCUGUGAAUUGAAGAACCUCCGUGAGUUGGAUCUUAGUGACAACAUGCUCGAUGGAAGUCUCCCUCAAUGUUUCAAUAGUCUAUCAUCUCUUAAGUUGUUAGAUAUUUCUUCAAAUCAAUUCACAGGCAAAAUUCUGCCAUCACUCAUUGCUAAUCUCACGUCUCUUGAGUACGUUGAUUUUAGUCAUAACAAAUUUGAAGGUUCAUUCUCAUUCAGCUCGUUCUCCAAUCAUACAAAGCUUGAGGUAGUUGUAUUUAGCAGCGACAACAACAAAUUUGAGGUGGAAACAGAAGAGCCUAUUGGUUGGAUUCCAAUGUUCCAGUUGAAAAUUUUAGCGCUAUCAAAUUGCAAUGUGAACAGGCGUAAAGGACAAGUUGUUCCUAGGUUUCUACUUCACCAACGAGAGUUCAUAUUGGUAGACAUAUCUCACAACUCCUUGGAGGGACAGUUUCCAAAUUGGUUGAUUGAUAAUAAUGUGAAUCUACAAAUUCUUAAUCUAAGGAACAACUCCUUUGGUGGUAUUAUUCUUAUGCCAUUACUUACGAAUUCUAAUAUGAACGGUUUGGAUAUCUCUGAAAAUCACAUGAAUGGUACUAUUCCGGAAGAAAUGCAAAAGUUCCUUCCUUACAUAUCUGUUUUAAAUUUGUCUAGGAAUUCCUUAAGUGGUGUUAUCCCGUCUUCAAUAUGUAAUUUGAGUGAAUUAUUGAUAAUGGAUUUAUCUGACAAUGAGUUAUCAGGAGAAGUCCCAAAGGAAUUUCUUACAAACCACUCUCAAAUAAGUAUAUUAAAAUUAUCAAGGAACAAAUUGCAUGGUCAGGUACUAUCAGGAAACUUACGCUUGGGUAACUUUCGUAGAAUUCACUUAGAUAGCAAUAAUUUCACAGGGGAAAUUGGAACUAAGAGCACGGAAAUUUAUGAAGGUCUGAGUGUUCUGGAUAUUAGCAAUAACUUUUUUACUGGCAUGAUCCCUGCUUGGAUUAGCAACAUGAGAGGAGUUGAUGUCAGGUGCGAACUCCUGGCAAGAAAUAAUAGUUUAGAAGGCAGCUUUCCAUGUGGAACAGCUCAGUUCUCGUUUCUGGAUAUCUCACAAAAUUCUUUCUCUGGGCCCAUCCCAUCUUGCUUAGAUUUGCAAUAUAUGGAGCAUCUUCAUUUGGGGUCUAAUAGAUUCACAGGAUCGGUGCCUAAUGCCUUCCGCAAUUUGACUAAUGUUUUGACUUUGGACAUAGGCAACAAUAACUUAUCAGGCAUGAUUCCCGAAUUUCUUGGAGAACUAUCCAAAUUAAGGAUUCUUCUUUUGAGAAAAAAUAACUUUAGUGGUGUGAUUCCGAAGCAGUUGUGCAAAUUAAGUAAUGCAAGCUUGAUAGAUGUAUCUUAUAACUCGCUCUUUGGUUCAAUACCUGGCUGCCUACAAAAUAUUACUGGUCCUGUCCACCUCGCUUUCAUAGAAAAAAGCCUUAUGACUUACAGUAUUAUGUCAUUUUAUACUCACGGGAGUGUUCUAAAUAAGAUGUUUUAUCCCCAAAGGCUCAAUUGGAUGUUUGAAACACAAGACGAAGUUCGGUUUACAACAAAAAGCCUCUCUCUCCCCUACAAAGGUGACAUUCUUGAUAUCAUGUCGGGAUUGGAUCUAUCAUGUAACAAACUUACAGGUGAAAUUCCAGAAGAAUUGGGGUUGUUAACACAGAUUCGUGCUUUGAACCUAUCUCACAAUCAGCUGAUUGGACCUAUUCCAGUAAACUUUUCAAAUCUUGCAAAUAUAGAGAGCUUGGACCUUUCUUUAAAUGGUUUGACUGGAAAAGUUCCAUCAGAACUCAUUAAGCUGACUUCUCUGUCUAUUUUCAAUGUUUCUCACAACAAUCUAUCAGGCAGACUCCCAGAAAUGAAAUCACAAUUUGGUACAUUCACAGAGGCAAGCUAUGAAGGGAAUCCACUUCUUUGUGGACCGCCACUAGAGAAGAAAUGCACGACUAAUUCACAGGUGACCCAUCCAUCAGUUGAAGAAGACAAUGACAAAUGGUAUGAUAUCAACAUGACAUCUUUCUAUGGAAGUUCUAGUUCCACAUGUAUUGUGGUAUUAUUUGGAUUUUUUGCACUUCUUUACAUCAAUCCUCACUGGCGUAGAAGGUGGUUGGACUGGGUUGAAGAUUAUAAAUUGAGAUUUGUGUCCGAAGGUUUCCAAACAAACAAGCCUAUCUUUUUCGACUCUGGUUGGGGAAUACUUCCGUCAUCACUCGUUGCUAAUCUUACAUCUCUUGAGUACAUUGAUUUUAGUCAUAACUUAUUUGAAGAAAAGCCUGUAGGUUGGAUUCCAAUGUUCCAUUUGGAAAUUCUUGAGCUAUCUAAUUGUAAUAUGAAAAUGCCUCCUGGGUUUCUACUUCAACAACACAAUUUACGGCAAGUAGACAUGUCUAGAAACUCAUUGGAAGGACACUACCCAAAUUGGUUGGUUAAAAACAACACCUAUCUGGAACGUCUUGUUCUAAGGAACAACUUGUUUGGCAGUAUGCCACUGUAUAGGAAUGCUAAUAUGAAGUGGUUGGACAUGUCUGGAAAUGGAAUGAUAGGUACUAUUCCUGAUGAUAUACCAAAGUUCUUUCCUAACAUACGGUAUUUGAAUUUGUCCAUGAAUAGUUUAAGUGGUGUUAUCCCAUCCUCAAUUGGUGAAUUGAGUCAAUUAUGGAUAUUGGGUCUAUCUGACAAUGAGUUAUCAGGAGAAGUACCAAAAGGGUUGUUUACAAAUGUCUCUCGGUUGGAUUUCUUAAAACUAUCAAAUAACAAAUUGCACGGCAAGGUACUCUCAGGAAACUUAGUAAACUUGGGUAACCUCCAUUCGGUUUACUUAGAUAGCAACCAUUUCACAGCGAAGAUUGGAAUUAAUAGUAGCAAGGAAACUCAUGAAUAUCUGAGAGUUCUGGAUAUUAGUAACAACUUGUUCACAGGUAUGAUCCCUAAUUGGAUAAGCAACAUGAGUAUGUUGUCUGAACUUCUUGUGAGAAAUAAUAGUUUCCAAGGCAGGUUUCCUUGUGGAGCAUCUCCAUUUUCAUUUCUUGAUAUUUCACAAAAUUCUUUUUCUGGACCCAUCCCAUCCUGUUUGAAUUUGCAAAAUAUGAAGCAUCUUCUUUUGGGUUCCAACAAAUUCAUUGGAUCAAUGGCCAAAUCCUUUCGUAAUUUGACUAGUGUUUUGACUUUGGACAUUGGCAACAACUACUUGUCAGGCAGGAUUCCGGAAUUUCUUGGUGAACUAUCCACUUUAAAGAUUCUUCUUUUAAGAAAAAAUAACUUGAGUGGCUCUAUUCCGAAGCAGUUGUGUCAAUUAAGUAAAGUGAGUUUGUUAGACUUAUCUGGUAACUCACUUUCUGGUUCAGUACCUAGCUGCCUUCAAAAUAUUACUGGCCCAACUCACCUUGCUUUCCUAAAAGUCGGCCUUGAUUACAUGGCAUUGGAAACAGAAGAUGAAGUUCAAUACACAACAAAAAGGCUUUUUCUCAACUACAAGGGUGACAUCCUUGAUUACAUGGCAGGAUUGGAUUUUUCUUGUAACAAACUUAUAGGUGAAAUCCCACAAGAACUCGGAUUCUUAACCCAACUUCGUGCUUUAAACCUGUCUCACAAUCACCUGAUUGGACCUAUUCCUGUGAACUUCUCAAAUCUUGCAAAAAUAGAGAGCUUGGACCUUUCUUCAAAUGGUUUGACCGGAAAAGUUCCAUCACAACUCUUUAAGCUUACAUCUCUAUCUACUUUCAAUGUUUCUGACAACAAUCUCUCAGGCAGACUCCCAGAUAUGAAAGCAUAG